AUGGGCAUCACUCGGUCAGGAAGGAAACGGAAGAGCUCUCUUUCAAACUCAAGCCAGUCUCCAGUCUCACAUCGGACUAGACAGAGCUUGGCAGCGGUGCCAACAGAUGCCGGCCUCAAUCAACAGCAAAAAUCAGUCUCUGUUACACCUAAGAAAUCAAGAAAGAGAGUCCGGUUUUCCGACCCGGGUCCUCGGUUACUAGAUGAGGCAGGUAUUGGGUCGACUGGCUUGACUCCAGCGAUGCGUCGAACGUCGUUCGAGGCAGGAUCUGGGGAUCACACACCUAGCCGCAAAGCCCGUCGCAGGUCUGCCCCAACACCACGCUUCCGGCGGUCAUAUGACACAGAGGAGCCGUUUGACAAAACAUCCACCGAGCGAAGGAUCCAAUUUACUCCGUUGCGCCAAAUUUUGGAUACACGGACGCAGAGAAGAAUUAGGCGAAUCGGGCUGAGUGAUGAAAUCAAUCAUAUUGAGCGCGAAAAGCGUGAGACGCGCAAUAUGGAAAAGACCAUGCAAGCUUUGCUUCAAGAGCGAGAUUCCCUGAAGGAUGAACUUAGGGCCAUGAAACGAGGCGGGGUGGGCUUUGAGGUCCAAAAUUCGGUGGCUGAGUCCUAUUGGAUGACACCAGUUACACCUAGGUCUUGCGAGGAAAUGUCAGUGGUUUCUAAUCACAGUCGGGAUGAUACCGCUCCAUGUUCGAACGGUGACGGAGAGACAUUCUUGUUCAAUGAAAGUGCAGUCAUUGUGUCCAGCUCCCCCGAUUUCCGUGGUACUCGAAGUCAUAAUCCACCCGUCACUGAUAGCUUGAUGCUAUCCGACGAACCCCAAACACCCAUUCGCGCCACCCAAACGCAGACUUCAGUCAACACAGAGGCAUCUGACAUUCACUCCCUGGGCCUAGAUUUGGAAGCUGCCAGACAAGAAAAGAACAACUUGUUCAAUGCCUGUCGGUCACGAAUCUCGGGGCUCAAUGACCCUACGAUCAGUGGCCUUUUCAGCCAGUCGUCUCCACCAUCCGACUUCUUUGAGAAUAUCAUGAAGAUCUUGGAAAAUGCUCUGUCUCGGGCUUCCGAUGCUGCUGAGGCUCUUGAAGGAGUCACCCAAGAAUGCUCCAGCUUAGGAUUCUCCGGGGAUGGCGUAGAUGAUGUCAUAUCCGACAUGCGGAGUCACUUCCGCUCGGCUCGUCUUGAGCUUGAGCGCGCGUUACCUGGUGAAACUGCCAACGUUGGUCUUGAGGACGGCAAGGCAACCCUAGGUGCGCUAGUGAGGCGGGUUGAAUCACUCGCAAAAGAUCUGGGGACAGAGCGCCAUUAUCAUCACGGCUCUCUCGGCCGAGAAAGGGCUCUUCGAGGACAAUUUGAUGCAUUACUACACCGAUAUGAGACCGCUGCAAAAAGGAUUGUCACACUCGAGGAGGCAAUCGCAUCUUCAGCAGGCGACAUGCUCCACACGCGGAUGCGGAUGCAGGACCUCGAGCGUGACGGCCAAGAACAGGCCGUUGGGAUUGACAGAUUAAAUACAGCCCUCGACAAAUACCAUCAUGAAGUGAAGGGUCUCGAAGGUCUUAUUAACAACCUUGAAAAGGAAAAUACAGCUACAAAGGAGGACUACAAUCGGCAGAUAUCGAAGCUCAAGAAACAAGUGGCCCAUGAACGCUCAAAACGCUGUUCGGCUGAGGCUGCUGCUUCUGAGUCCGAGUCCCGCAUCCGAGAAUUGGAGGAAACUGUCGAGCACAAUCGAAUUCAGGCUUGCGACUUGAUGGCCCAGGUGGAACUUUUAGAAAAAGAAUACCAAAGAGCCAUCGAGUGCCUUGAAAAAAACACUAGUGAACUUCAAGCGCACGAAGCAGAGACUGGAACUCUCAAUGUUCGCAUCUCAGGUCUUACCACAUCGUUGCAUAGUGCCAAAUGUGAGAUACAGCGUCUUCGCGAUCUCAAUACUGGCAUUGAAGAACAGCUCCAGCUAGAAGUCGAAGCUCGAAAUGAGCUCCUGGACAAGUGGGCCGCAGAUCAAGUAAGAUCGUUCACCCACAUGAAGGAUACUAUCAACUCGGAACGUCGCAGAGCCAAAGUUCGUGCGGCCAAUUGGGAAUUGAAAUCGGAUGAUCUCAUGUCAGAUGGCACUACAAUUGGCACUGGGAGUGAACCAAUUACUCCUGUUAGCGCCCGAUUUGUUGAUAUCGAAGUCGGCCGUGGCAAGGACCGUCGGCGUAUGGAUUCCGAAGAACUGGAUAAUGAUAUCUCGGCAGUCGGCAGCGGUAUCGGAUCCCAUAUUAAUAUUCAGCUUCCCGCGUCAGAUUUAGCUUAG